AUGCUGCGUCCCAGACUUCAAAAAUGGACAUUUCUGGCCCUGGCGUGUGCGGUGCUGUUCUACAGCACGCUGUUUCUGUACGAGACGCGCACCACGGGCUCCGAGGUGGACGUGCUGAACUUUUCCCGCUCUGCUUUGACAAAUUACUGGACGUCCCAGCGCAUUAAGGAACAGUACUUUAAGAACGGCAUGAAAGGCCCACUCACCGCUUAUGACAUCAGAAAGAUGAUUCAGGACGAGAACGCCAAGUUUGCCGAGGACCGCGAGAUUUUGCUGCGGAAAAGCAAGGACCGCCAUGUCUACAAAGCCAUAAACGUCCGUGCUCCAAUGAACAAGGUGUUUGAGAAGUUCGCCAAGAUUCUCAAGCUGAACAAGAUGCUCUUUCCGCAUCCAGAGCGCACCAUCACGCUGGAUGGCAAGCCGGUUAUUUGGGAAACGCAGUUCGAAGAGACUCCCUACAACGUUCUCUCAGAAAACCGGCUUCUUGAGUUCAUGGAGUUUGACCCCCAGUUCGUGGAGGAUCUCACCCGCAAGCACCGCAACGUCCUCUCGAGCCUGCCCAAACGCCCUGUGGAUUUCUACCGCGGAUCAGGGUACACCAUGGUUGGCGGAGGCAUGUACACGUGGUAUGCGUAUCUGUCCAUCAAGUCUCUGAGGAAAACCGGAUCGAAACUGCCGGUCGAGAUUGUCAUUCCCCAGGACGACCAGUACGAGCCGAAACUGUGCGACGAGAUCUUCCCGAACGAACUGAACGCAACCUGCGUGAGACUCACGCAGGUCCUAGGAAACGACACUCUCAAAUCACUGGGAGAGCUAAAAGGGUACCAGCUCAAAUCGUUUGCUAUGCUGGCCAGCUCGUUUGAGAACAUGAUGUAUCUGGACUCCGACAACUUUGCCGUGUCGAACCCAGACCAUUUAUUUGAGUCGACUCUCUACAAGAAGUUUCGCAUGGUGACCUGGCCCGACUUCUGGAGACGGACCAGCUCUCCGCUCCUGUACAAGAUCCUGAACAUCAAAGUUGGCAAUCUUCCUGUGCGGCGACUCAACGAUUUCUACACGCCAACAGAAAAGUACGUUACGAGGGAAGAGCUGAUUGAGGUCGAGGACCAGAUCAACUUCCACGACAGACUGGGUACGCUACCUGACUGGACCACGGAGAGCGGCCAGAUCCUCAUCAACAAGAAGGAGCACUUCAACACGCUUUUACUAUCGCUGUACUACAAUUUUGACGGCCCCGCUGGCUACCAUCCGCUGCUGUCUCAGGGCGGAGCUGGAGAAGGCGACAAAGAGACGUUGGUUCUGGCAGCCCACGUUCUCAGAAAAACCAACUAUCAGGUGUAUCGCAAGCCUGACAAGCUUUACGGCACGUUUAUCAAGCAUGUCAAAUUUUUCGUGGACUCGACCAUUGUUCAGUUCGAUCCCGUGGUCGACUACGAAGUUCUCAAGAAAGCUGUGAAAAAUAACAUACAGAACAUGGACAAUUUGCAGGACUCAUAUGUCUACAGCUACAUGCAUGCUUUCGGAAACUUUGCCUUUGAGGAGAUUCCCGGAAAACCUCUCUUCUACCAUAUCCAUAAUCCAAAGAUGAAUCCUUUUGACUAUGUUGAAAGAAAUUUAUUCACAGACCCAAACGACAAGGAGCUCCGCAAUUUCGGCAAGAAUUUCCCUCAGAUCGGAUACGACAUCGAGCUCUGGAUAUGGGAGCUGGUGCUCGAAACGCUGUGCGAGCGGAAAGUGGAGUUUGCUGGGUUUGCAGGCAGAGACAUGACGCAAAUAUGCAAUAGCUCUCUUAUAGCAGACCGAUUAGAGUAUCUAAGAAGAACAGGCGUGGAGCUGCUGGGCGAGUCUCAAGUGCCACAAAUCGACGUGACUGAGGAUCCCGAACUAGACCAAUACAUCUUCGGCAAGAUCAGCGAGACACAGAAAUAUAAGAAUAUAAAAUGA